AUGACCCUAAAGAAUGUUACACUGAAUGAUGACAGUACGUUUGGUGCACUGGGAAGGUACGAGUGUCAUGCUUUUGCACAAGGAGACCCUUUAGAGAGGAGACAUGGAUUUAGUGUCAGUGUCAUUUUAAGUAAGUACAACUGUAUCUUGUUUUAGGAACAUCAUUUUGUGUAUCAUCAUUUUAUAUUGUGCAUUGCUCAUUGUAAAUAAUAUAGUCAAACCUAGCUCCUGAAAGCGACAGCCCAAAAUGCCAAGGUUUAGUGGUCGCUCACACGAGGUGGUCACUUGGAGAAUCAAACUAAUGGUGUCUCUUUCGAGAAGAGUUUCCGACACAUCUCAGGAGCCUAUCAAAUGGAGCCUCCAUCUCCCAUACAAGCCCUUGGAGUCAACCCUUUCCCGAGUAGAUUUAUAAUUAGACCGGUUCCCAGGGGAGACUUCGCGCGCCGACGGUGGGAAGAGCCAAUCACAACGACUAAAUGACACUGCUAUUGUACUUCAUGAAACAGCAGGAAAUCCGGUGCUGACAGGCCAAACAAAAUCAUAAGCUAGUGAAACGUGACUUUAGCGUUUUCAUCCCUCAGAGAUUUUCUUUCUUUUCUUUCUAGCGGGUAGAUUAUACUGUGGAGAGUUUUAAAGUCUGACUAUGUUAAUCUUAAUUUUGGUUGCUUGUCUCACAUUAAGCUGGUCUGUUACAUGCGUUAGGAUUAACUACUACCUGCAGUCUGUAGUUCUGACAGGAUUCGUUUUCUUUAGCCAAUUUUUUGAGCGUUAAGGUUCUUAUUUCGGCUAAAUGACUCAAUAUUAAUCAAAUUUCUAGUUUUUCAAGUUUUUAUCCGAAAUGCGUUUGUCUGAAUGAAUACUGUGGUUGUUAUGUCCGUCAGUUAGUGUGAUGAUUCCCUGCUAUGUUUUGUAACGCCGAGCCCAGCCAUUGUUUUCUCGUAAAAAAGUGAUCUACAGAUGCGAAUUCGAAGGAAAGAAUUAGCCUAAACUUCUACAUUAAUUGCUCAGAAUUCUCCCGUUGGUCAGUCAUAAUUCUUUGGGCGCAGAUACAAUCCAUUUUGUUUUUCUUGAGAUAAGAGGGUCUUUGGACUGGAGCGCGAUGUCACAAAUUCCACCGUUAGCAAAUUACUUUUGAGUUAGCUUCACGGUCGAGCAACUGUUGUCUUCUGUUCAACUUUUCAAGUGCCAGUUUUAUCAGGCAACUCUCAUGGUGAUACAAGUCAGUUGUAAAGGAAGACUGCAAUUUUUCUGAAGCAUUCCUCCUUAGUUGCUACUUAGCUCAUCGCUUUUGCACGCGGUGCUUAACUGGCGAAAUCCACUCCACGGCGAUGACAAAAAUAAAUGAUCCUGGCACUUUUUCGGCGCUGAUCAUCGAAAAGUUUCAAAUCGUCCACAGAACGCUUAAUCGUCGACUCUUUUCAAGGUGCAUGCUUAAAUGUGGGAUGUAUGACGGCAAAAAAAAAAACAAAACAAAAACAAACACUCGCAAAGAACCUUUCCGUGAUCCUCAGUUCGCUUCCUUUGUCCCAUCGCUUCAUGCUCAGUCUCGGUCGGGUAAUUCAUUAACUUUUAUUUCAUCCCAGAUCCCAGCGGCUGUAAAACUGUAAAAAUGGACGUAUAGUAAAAAAGGAAAACGGUCGAAGGACGGGCUUCUGAGUUCGACUUCAUCCAACUUCAUUUUUUUCACGGUGACAUACGAGACUCACGGAAAUAUGACACUUUUCGCGGGAAACAAGCCGUUCUAUUUAUAAAUCUACUCGGGAAAGGGUUGACUCAAGAAAUUAAUGGAGAUGGAGGCUCCAUUUGAUGGGCUCCUGACAUCUACAUUUUGGCAGAGAAUUUAUUGCACGCAAUUUGUAAGCUACAUCUGCUGUGCAUGUAGUUUCAUGUUCCACUGAUAGUUGUUCGUAGUGGUGUAGUACAAACCGCGUAAAAAAGAGCCAGAACACACCAUGAGUCAAGUGGUUGCUUACAGAAGGUUAAACAAAUGUAAUUAAAACGCUAGGGCUUCGAGUGGCAAAAUUUUGGUGUUUGGAUAGAUGGUCGCUUAUAGGAGGUGGUACGUUGCUAACAAGUGGUGGUCGCACAUCAUUGGAGGUUCAGUUGUAGUAACCAGUGCAAUGGUAGACUUUACAUUGAUGUUUUGUACAAUUGUUAUCGUGAUUGAAAGUGUUCUGGUAACAAUCCAUCAAUCACGAACAAAUUCAGUUAUCCAUAACGAUUGUAACAGUUCAUCAGUUUCUUACAUUGUUGGAAGGAUAGUUCUUACAAUCUCUUGUAACCUUCUUUUUUCUUUUCCUCAACAGUCAUGAUUAUACUCCCCCGAGUCUUUUUUUUUUCAUUGUCUAAUAAAUUGUAAGAAAUAAUAAAAAUCUGUAAUGUGAGUGAUUGUUACGUUAAAACUUGUCUCCAGGUUCUUUGUACUGUAAAUUAUGAUUAUUAUCCAAAGUUAAAAAUAACAUUAUUAAUUAAUGGUGUUUCAAUCUGUAUGUUAUUGUAUUUCUUUUCUUUUCUUUUUUCUGUGUAAUUUAAUAACGUCUUUAUUUAAAGUCUUGUCCUGCCUAGAUUAGCAGAAUAGCUAUUUGCAGGACAUAAGGUAUUGUAAACGUUAUAUUUCUUUAAAUAAAUACAUUGUUGUUGUUGUUAUUAUGGUGGCUAUACUGGAAUUCUCCAUUAGUCACUUCUUGUGAUAUAUCACUGUAUGUACAGUAUUUGGAGGCAUACCAAUAUCAAAGUGUUGAAAACACAAAUAAAUAAUAUAUAAUAGGCUUUAUUUAAAGAGGGUAAAACUCUUAACAGUAGUCCUAAGACACUGAUGACUCUGUGGCCCGCAAAACAAAUUACAAAUAUAGAUUCUACAACUAAAAACUAUAAAAUAUACCAUUUUCGAAGAUAAUUUAAGAUAAAUGUGAUAGAUAAUUUCUAAAAAGACAUUAUGGCUAAGAUAGAUAAAAGCAACAUAAAACUUAUAUACAAUUACAGUCUAAGGAGGAUCGCAGCCUUUUGUUCAGCUAGAAAGGAUUUAAAAACGUUAUGCUUAAAACUUGCUAGCGAGCCAUUAUUUCUUAUAUUGGUAUUCAUGCAAUUCCAGUCCUUUAUAGUCCUAGUAGUGAAAGUAAGACCUCUUUCUGUUUUUCGUCUAUAAUUGGGGCACACCAAAUUUAUGUUUGAAUGUCUAGUGGGCGCUUAUGAAUUUCUGAAUUUCUGACUAAUAGACUAUUCAAAUAAAUAGGCGCGAUAUAAUUGUGGACCCGCUUAUACACUAGUGCGCAUCUCUUUAUUAGAGAUUGUUUAGUAAAAGAAAAAAAACAAUUGGAAUUGUCAGUUUGCUUGCUUGCCUGUUACAAUCAUUAGCCUGUCAUUCUAUAAGUACGUAAUAUUUUUGCGGCUAUAAGGCGCACUCGGUUAUAAGACGCAACCCAAACUUUUCAACGCAAUUUUUCUAAGUUAGCAAACUGAAAAUUGUAUUAAGCCAAAAUACCCAGCUAUAAGGUGCAGCCGCGAUUUUUGGCGAUUUUCACUUUAACUACAACAACCCGCUGUCCAACGAUGCUGAUUACGGCCAUUCGUCUAUGUGAACAAAAGCGAAAAAGGCUACAUAUUUCAAUCAAAGAUUAAAAAUCACACCUAUCAACACAAAAGCAUUGUUUUCUAAAGCUGUGAAUACUUAGGGAAUCCGUUUUUGUUCCAUAAACAAGGCAGCUUUCCUGUUUGCGGCAUACAUGUAUUGACAUCGGUACAUGCAUCGGUUUAAGCAUCAACUAGAUAAAAUCGAUCGCGUAAUUAAUACAUAAGCCUGAAUAUUUUGUUAAUUAACUGCCAAAUAUGGUAAAAUUAAACCCUUGUUUAUCAAAAUAACUAUGAUAAAAGAGCUCUCACAGCUCUAGUAACCCUGGUACAAGGGGGGUGGGGGGAGUUGAUGGAACCCCUCCCCAGAGUUUUUGAUAUGUUGCAGUAUUUCGAAACGAUUUUGCCUUCAGUGGAAAGCGUUUGAUCUUCUCAACAAGAUGAGGUAUGUUUUAUGGGUGGUGGCGCUGCUGGAGGCUUUUGACGUCAACAAAACAAUGGUCACCAUCUUGGCUGCCAUCUUGGAUUUUAUCAAGAAUUAGAAAUCAGGUUAAAAUCACGAUAAAUGGUAAUUUUCUUUGCCUGACAUGUAAAGUAACACAAAAAUAAGCACUUCGCAUCAUUUUAUUUACCGGCUUUACUUUUAUUGUUGAAAAAAGUUGAAAAAAUAUCAUUUUCACUUGAAAAUGGCUUUACCACCAGCCACUUGUUACGUCAUAUCUCGUAACCAUAGUUACUGACCAUCAAUAAACUUGUCUCAAAAUGCGGGCGAGGGAUAGACGAACAGCAACUGAAAACGUGAGGUGCUGAUGUUUUAUUGUCUAGGAAAAAAAUGUAAAGAACCUCAGAGGGGGGUGUGAAAACUGUAUUGUUUGUUGGAAGCCGCAAGAAAAAGUUGUAUCUCCGAGAGUUAAAAAAAUUUAGAAGCUUUCUUUAGAAAAUAAAGGUCUGAAACAAGCGCUAGAUCGCAGUGUAAGAAUGACUUAAACAUUUGCCUGGUUACCAAGCAUCAACAUUCAGUUCAAAAACGAUCGAUGCUAGACGAUUUGUUUCGAAUGCAAAAUGAUUUGUUUGUCGUUUAAUACCAGCUUUAGAAGAUGUAGAAGUCAUUGAAAACCGAUAGCAAAGAAGAGGAUGAGCAGCUAGAGCUUUUGCAUAUUUUGUUUUGUUGCUCACCACGCAAAUACAACAGAUUUAGAGCUAGUGAGCAAACUUUCGUUGAAAAAAUGCUGCAGUUUGCAAGCGAAGAAAUACGGGACAUGUACAUGUAAGAAACUACUGUUAGAACCCCGUUAACUCCAAUUCUGAAGGAAAACGAAAAACAGUUGGAGUUAGCGGGGGACUUUUCAGGCCUUUUUCUGGGUAGGGAUUUCUGUAGGGAAGGGAAAUCUGUCAUUUUAGUCUGUUAUAAAAAGCAAAAAAGGGCCAACAGAUGCAUUUUAUGGCUGUGAAAAAGUCGAAAAAUGUUCUUGUAUUGUAAAUUAUUGAUAUUAUUGAUAAAGACAGUGCAUUUACAAAGUUGAAAACUACAUGUAUGGUUUGUGAAAGGGGUACCUUUCAUCAAUAGAAGGUAAUACAAAAGGGGUACAUGUAGCUUUUCUGUCAUAAAUGGUAUAUAAAACGGUAAGGGGUCAGACCUCAGGGCGUGGUCUCCCCAUAAAAACCUUUAUUUAGUAAACCCCUUCCCCCCAACCCAGGGUUUUUGGGUGGCAAAAGCCACGGUUUGGAGUAGAUGGAGAAUGAAAAAAAUCACGGCAAAGGCGCGAGUUUCUGGGAAAAUUUUAAAAUCUGAGCCUCUUAGAAUGCAUUCCCAGAAUUCUGGAGCAAAAAUGAGAGUGUUUGAACGGAACACAGACAUCUUUAAAUUUUGGCUUUUUUAGGGGUAAUUUUCAAAGAAAAGUAGACGACGAGUUCACGUGAAUUUAGCAACCACCGUCUCUUAUUGAACCCCCGCCCCUGGAUGUGUCGAAAAUGGGGUAACAUGUAAAUGGAAAAUACAGAAUCUUGAGACUGAUGCAUGAAUUUGAAGAAAAAUAGAAAAACUUGACUAUAUGUACAUGUUGUAUUAUUAAAACACGUGACAUAAGUCUUCUAGUUGGUAGAAUAAUUGUUUUGAAUUCCACUUGUAAUAUUUUUUAUCAUGUUUUUUUUUUUUUUAAGUGUUCCCAUCAUGUCAUGGUAUUAGCAAGUGUUUUGUUUUAUCCCUUAAUGGCCCGGUUAAAAUGUACCGAGUUCAAUAACUCCUAUUUUGAUCAAAUAAUAAAAAUAAUUAAAUACAGCAGUUGAUUCAGACGUCGGAUUCAAUGGUGCCGAUUUUACUCCUUUUGCUGUAAUUUGUUCCCAGUAUGUAGGUAGGUAGAAACUUUAUUUAAUGACAGUAACACAUGACAGUAAACACUGUUGUUAUAUUCCUAGACUUUCACUGGACUAAACAGGGACAGCCAUUGGCUGAUACUUGGUCACGUGGCCUUGACUAAAAUAAAAUGUAUCCCGAUCGUGAUACAUCAAGCAAUGUACCUCGCUCGGGAUACAUUACAGCACGUGAUCAGAGCAUGGUAGAAAGUAGCGUGACAGAAGGCUGGAAAAACAUUGCCAGUUCUCUUUUUCGUGAAUAAACACAACAACAUUCACAAGAACACAAACAUGAAGCCUCAAGCUAAAAAGCAACGAUUUUCAAAGUUAUCCCAGAAGAGAAACAGCAGCUAGUGGAGGAAGAUGCAGAUAAUAUAAGGAAAGUACUUUUUAAAUCAUUCAUUCAGUGGUUUUGAGAAUUAAAUUUGUGUUCUUAUAAGUACCGAGUCGUACUGUUUUGAUUCGCUCCUCUUAAGCGUAUUCUUUUGUUGCUGUUGAAGUACGUUGAAGUGAAAGUCUAGAAAUGUAACAAAACACUUAAUGUCAGGUCCUUCGGGAAACCAGUUAGUUUUGUUUUCCCUCGAGUCCUGAUCGGAAAACAUCAGGACUCUUGGGAAAACAAAACUAACUGUUUCCCUCGGGAUCUGACAUAAAGUGUAUAAUGAGCUAGUGGCCCUCAAUCGUAAUUAAAUUAUUUAGAACUAAUAAAAAUAGACACGACGAAUUAAAAUUUAAAAAUAUAUAAUGCAAGAUACAAUCCUAAAUUUACGAUAUUAAAAACUAUUAAGAUAAACAAAGCGAAUUUAAAAAUACUAUAAGAAAAGAAAAAGUGAUUUGUACAUUAGAAUUUAAAAAUAGUCUUUAAAACAACUUGUUAUCCAGUAUGGAUAAUAGUUUCUAUGAUUAAUGCAUGAUACAGACAAUCAACUCUCGCCUUGUAGACUUCCAGCUAUAAUGGACAUCUCCAUAAUAUGGACAGCAGCUAAAUCCCAGGCAAAAAUAAAUCAUAGAUGUUUGACUGAAAUAACCUCUCCCUAUUAUCGACUCUCGGAUGAGGACACUAACUCAAGGUCCCUGCAGUGUCGGCUAUAAAGGGACUUGACUGUACAUAUAUCCGGCACAUGUGAAAUGUGACGUCUGAAUCAAAUGUCUUACCUAAGUUGAAUCUCUGACUCUUUCAGUCACAGAUUCGGCAGAUUCGUAUUUAAUUUUAAACGGCCAAAUUUAAUUGAUUCAGACGUCGCGCUCACAUGCGGUUAAUUCACAAAUUAAAAUUGACAAAUAUGAAAUUCGAUGUUUGAACUGGGCCUAAGUCCCAAUAAAAACGGGGGUAAAGGUGCAGACGAACCAAAGGCCUAGACGGCCCAAGCUUAUCCCGGUUGCAUGCCACAUACAAAUUCUCCAAGCUGGUCUCUAUACAUUUCUCUAAAGAAUUAUAAUUUGAGAGUUCAUGAAAGACCAAAACAUUAUAUUUUUAUUAACUGAUCUCAAAAUCUUUUGUACUGAUAAUAAUUGUGAGGAAAAAAAUGGAUUGCUGUCAUUCUUUGGAUUUAAAGGGUUAAAGGACAGGGUUGCCACGGUCAGGGAAAAGUCAGGGAAAAACAAAAAUUUUUCAAGGUGAGGGAAAAGUCAGAGAAUUUUCUAAGCGAAAAGAGGUUGAAAACAAAGAGAAAAAUAUCGAUGGCAAGUCAGGGAAUUUUUAACUUUCUGGUGAGUGGUAACCCUGAAGGGGCUAUAUGUAUAUCAUGUUAUUUGCUGCGGUUUAAAAAGCUAAAACAUGACUCAGCAUCAAUUGAAUUCCAAAAAUAAUGGUUCUUUUUUAAGACCAUACAUUAGGCAUGAAAACAGUUUCCUGUCGUCUGUUGCGAAGGAUGGAAAUGAUGGACAUGGAUUGAAUCUUGAAAAAAUUGGGGAAAUUUUUUUAAGUUUUAAUGCUACGCCUCCAAAAAUCACCAAAGAAUAGUAAUAAUUAUACAUGUAGCAAUAUGGUUUGUCGUUCCUGAUAGGAUUUGUUUGACAUCUUCUUAAUUCAUAUCUCUAUAGAAGUAUUUUGUGUAUGGGUGAGGACAGAGUAAGUAAUGAAUUAAGCACAAAAUUGACAGUAAUACAUGUUUCUUAGAGACAAACCCCUUUAAUUAUUCCUAUCUUCUUUAUCUAUGUAACAAGCAAGUCUGUAAAGAGUAAAACAAAAAAACAAAACAAAACAAAAAAACCUGAAGAAAACAUUGAAUUUAUUUUAAAACAACCAUGUCAACCAUGUAUUCUUUGUCUUUUAUACAUUUUUGUAGUCAAGUUCAAUUAUAGUGUCUAGCCCUGUAUAAAGUGAUCAAGCUUUGUUGUUGAAUUCCUUUUUCAAAAUAUCAUUAUAACUUUUGUUGCUCCUAAAGUAUAGUACUGUUGCCCAGUAUCCGGACGGUACCAGUAUCCGGACACUUACAACAAAAACUCAAUUUUUGAGGCGCCGUUUUCAGUUACCUGUAAACAAAGUAUUUCGAAUGAAAGCUGAACAUUUCGGCUUUAAGAUGAAGGUUUUGGCGAGUUGAAACCUGGCGAAACAGUCGCAGAAGACGCCGUUCUGUUCAGGUGAAUAAACAUUUCACGGCUAAUAUUUACGCUGUUUACUGCGCAGUAAAAUUAGUGCUGCUCAGAAAAGGGUAGGGAAUAUGUGAUAUUUUCAAAGAAACGGUUUUAUAUUGAAAUUAAAGAUACUUAAAGAAGUCAGGUUCUCAGAAAGUUUAUUAAUUCUUCUUGAAAUUCGAUUUGUUUGGAAUAACGAAGCCAAAAAACAUUCACUAAGUAUUGAUGUCAGGUGCCCAGUAUCCGGACAGUUUUUUCUUUGCUGUACAGAAUCGAUGAAUUAGUCGCGUACAUUAUCCGGAUAAGAUUUAUUUCAUAUCUGUAACUAUAAUUAAAGCUUAGGAUAUAUGAUAUAGUCGUAAAAUGUAAUUCUACUCAACUCCGUACGGAAAUUUUCUUCACUCAUUCGGAGGCGACUUGAUUUCGUGUGCGCCGCUUGUUUCGCGUGACUGCAUUUUCUAUAUAUAAACCGAAAGCGUUGGAGUUGAACCUGGAAUUCUCAUACUUUCCCCAGUUGUGACUGCUAGAAUAGGGUUGCAACGGUCUGAAAAAUGUCACAAAGGGAUUGAGAGAUGUGAAAGAAGGAGGAAUUAGUGCUAGAAAAGCAGACUUACUGUAGGGUCUGUAGGAGCUGAGCAUGAAGAAAUCAACACUGCAGGUCAGACUAAAUAGGAGAGUGACCUUUGACCGUCGCAUUGAGGUCCCUUCCCCAAGCUUUUUUUAAAAUAAAAAAUGAAGAAAAAAAAGUCGUUUGCAGAUUGGCUAAUUGAGCUAGCAAACCGCGGCCUCGGCAUGUCCACGGAUGUCUUCCUUAAAUCAGGGAAAAACUUCCUAGACAAGGAAGUAAGAAUUAUGCCAUUUAACAGUAAUCUCUCGCAUUCCCCACCAUACCACAGUCAUUUGUUAUGUUUUAUUUCACGAUGCUAGGUUAUAUUUUUGGAAUCGAUUGCCAGACUACUUUGCAAGUGCAAGAGAAGCUUAUAAGUCGCUUGCUUGACGAAAUUUAUGUACAAUUACGUUGUUAUUGUUGUGUCCGGAUACUGGGCCAGCUGUCCGGAUACUGGGCAACAUAGGAGCUCUGCAAAAAUAUUAAUUUCGCCAUGGAAACAAAGGCAAAAAGUUUUAACUGUCUUUCGUCAUAUUAAGGACUAAAUAGAUUUUCUCUGGGCCAAAUUUCAGAGCUCUUGCGACUAACAAAGGAAAGUUAUUGCAAUGUUAAACUAAAGUGUCCGGAUACUGGGCAACAUACUGUAAACUUUGCAUGAUACAUGUACACUGUACUUGCAUUGCUUCCCCAUCCUACUUCCUUAUUUUUGGUUAUUUGCUUCUCGCUCCCGAUAACUGGAAUUUUUUUCGAUUUCUGCAGAAGGUUUGAGUCACCACAAGUUGACUGUACAACACAUGAAAGGGGGAUCUUUUGCCUGGUCUUAAAACCACUGAAACUACAUGUAUGGAUAAUGUAUUAGGGGCAAUGGACAGAAAUUAUAGCUUCAUGCAUUCUUCCCUUUUUAUUUGCUUUUUUUCUCUUUAGGAGAGGAAAUUCCAAAAGUGAAAGUGCCUCAAAUCCGUGUGUUGAGACAUGGUGAGGGCACCACAUUCUCAUGUAACCUGACUAGAAAUCCAGGCAAAGCAACACUAUUGAAAAGAAUUUCUUGGUACAAAGAUGGGAUUUUGCUGGAAAGUAUCAGAUGUCCUGACCCAGAUAAGCCCUCAGACACCCUUAGGCCGCUUGUUCUUAAAAAUAUUGGUGUUAGAGAUGGAGGAAACUACACCUGCUUUCUGGAAGUGGCGCUCCGCUAUAUCAGAAUGUACAAUGUGUCUGAUAGCACCAUGGUUGAAAGUAAGUCCACUGUAGACUGA